GCCGCCCGCCAGCCCGCCACUCUGGCCAUGGAGCUGAGCGGGGGCUGGACGCUGGCCCUGCUGCUGGCCGCCCUCUCCGCCCUCCUGGGGCUGCUGGCCGGGCAGCGGAGGAGGAGGAGGAAGACGGGGCGGCUGCCCGCCGGCCCGCCGCCUCUGCCGCUCCUGGGCAACCUCCUGCAGCUGGACCCCCGCGCCAUGCACCGCUCGCUCGAGAAGCUCAGCCAGAAGUACGGCCCGGUCUACACCAUCCACCUCGGCUCGCUGCCUUGCGUGGUCCUCUGCGGUUACCAAGCGGUGAAGGAAGCCCUGGUGGACCAAGCCGACGACUUCAGCGACCGGGGAGAGUUCCCCGUCUUCUACCGCUUCACUCAGGGCAACGGCAUCGCCUUCUCCAAUGGGGACAAGUGGAAGGUGCUGCGGCGCUUUGCCCUGCAGACGCUGAAGAAUUUCGGGAUGGGAAGAAGCAGCGUUGAGGAGCGGAUCCAAGAGGAGGCCCAGUGCCUCGUGCGAGAGUUCCGGAAAACCGGAGGGGCUCCCUUCAACCCCAUCAACCUCGUCUGCCGCGCCGUCUCCAACGUCAUCUGCUCCGUGGUUUUCGGCAACCGCUUUGACUACGAAGACGCCGACUUCCUCACCCUGCUGGACCACUUCAACGAAAACUUCAAGAUCAUGAGCUCAUUUUGGGGGGAGCUCUACAACAUCUUCCCCCGGUUCAUGGACCUCCUGCCGGGGCCCCACCAGCAAAUCUUCCGCAACUUCGAGAAACUGCGGCAGUUUAUAGCUGAGCGUGUUCGCAGGCACCAAGAGAGCAUCGAUCCCAGCGACCCGCGAGACUUCAUCGACUGCUUCCUGAUCCGCAUGGAACAGGAGAAGCAAGACCCGCUGAGCCAUUUCCACACGGAGACGCUGGUGAUGACCACCCACAACCUGUUCUUCGGGGGCACCGAGACCACCAGCACCACCCUGCGGUACAGCUUCCUGAUCCUCAUGAAGUACCCCGAAGUGGCAGCGCAAGUCCACCAGGAGAUCGACCAAGUGAUCGGGCACGAACGCGCCCCCUGCCUGGCAGACCGCAAGCUCAUGCCGUACACGGAUGCCGUCAUCUAUGAGAUCCAGCGCUUCAUCUCCAUCUUGCCCAUGGGGCUGCCCCGUGCCGUCACGCGGGACACGCCCUUCCGGGACUUCCUGCUUCCCAAGGGCACCAACGUGAUCCCCCUGCUGAGUUCGGUGCACUACGACCCGUCCCAGUUCAAGGACCCGGAUUCCUUCAACCCAGCCAACUUCCUGGACGAAAAGAACGCCUUCAAAAGCAGUGAUGCCUUCAUGCCCUUUGCCCCAGGGAAGCGGAUCUGUCUGGGAGCCGGCCUGGCCCGCAUGGAGAUCUUCCUCUUCCUCACCACCCUCCUGCAGCACUUCGCCUUCCGGCCGCUGGUCGCCCCAGCUGAGAUCGACCUGGCGCCCCAGUGCACCGGCCUGGGCAACAUCCCACCCCCUUUCGAGUUCCAGGUCCUCCCUCGCCAGCCCUAGGAAGGGGCUAGCACCCCUACACCCACACGCGGACUGCCAGAGACACCAGCAAGCUGGGCAGUGGGCCGGAGAGAGGGCGACUCUUCACGCCACCCCCCAACCACCACCAGGGGCUGUGAACAAUCCACGCUUUGGAACAGGCCCAAAUUCCAUUCCAGGGACUUGAACAACCGCCCUCUCUUUACAUAAUACA